GCAAGAAGUGACAUCGGUGAGCGACAUGAUAGCAAAAUGCUACCGACACGUCGAGACAAUACCUACAAAGCAUUGUUCUCCGAAGCCGUAAGGAUGUGAGGAACCCAGAAUAAGACGCACAGUCGCGCGCUAAGUGGACUUGCCUCCCGGUCCAGCGAGGUUGAAAAGACGACGGACGGGGAGGGAGGGCGGUCGGGGAAUAAACAGACAGUGAAGAAACACGUCCUCUCCUCUCUCAACCCGCUCCUCUACGGCACCUAUGGGCCCUGCCAACGACGUAGAAUCGUGCUCCUUUCUCCCUGCUUUUUCCUCCUCUUCGCCAUGUCAUGCCACGCGACGUAACGCACCGAGGCUUUCCUUGCAGAGUAGAUAGUCCGUGCCGCCAGCUCCUUUUCCGCCACCGUUCCCCGCCAUCCCUACGGACAAACGAGCAACAUUCACGGGCUCUCCCAACAGCGCGCACGCACACGUACACUCACACACAUGAACCCCACUGAGGCGAGGUUGGCAGUCUGUCCGAGGCGCGGUUAGGGGCGAGAGGCGGGGGGUUAGAAACGUGCGCGGCGUAAACACUUGUUGUUUGUCACCAGCCGCCCCGGGCUUGCAUCUGCGACGUGC